UAUAUAUUCCAAUCAUUUUUAGUAUAUAUUUGCUAAUUAAAAUUUUCACAGAAUAAAAUUUAGAAUUAUUUUUUCUACAUUUUUUUUUGAAAACAAUUUUGCAAUUUCUUUACGGAUUAUACUGAAAAGUAAAGGAAAAUUUAAAUUCUAAUAAAAAAAAAUUCUAUAAAUGUGAAUUAAAAGUAAAAGUGAUAUUUUUUAAUUAUUAUUAACAGAAAGUGUAAUUUAAACAAAUGGAAUGUUUUUAUAAAUUUUUGUUGUAAAAUAAUUGUUAUUACGACUAAAAGAGAUUGAAAAUUAUGGGUAAGGUGACGAAAAAUAUCACCGAGGAAAAUAUAAACAAACCAAUAAUUAAAAUGUCACGUAGUGGUAGGCAAAUUAAACUACCACAAAAAAUGUCAUUUAAUGAGGAACCAUUGAUAAAAAAGCCAAGACAAUCACAAUCUACAAGUGAUUCAAAUUCACAAUUUAUAAUUUCAAAGGAUCCAUUAAUUUUACCAAUGAAAGCCAAUAGUCUUAACAAAUCAAAUACAGAAUUAAUUGAUAAACAAAAUUUAUUAAAAACAUCAUUGACACCAUCUCAUGAACAUGCUGAAAUGUUUGAUUUUGUUGAUUUGGAAUUAUUUCAAAAAUCCAAUGAGAAAGUUGAUGAUGAAUCUUUUAAAAAUCGAGUACUAGAUACUUUAGAUAUUUUACGAGAGCAAAAUAAAAGAAUUCUAGCGCAACAGGAAUUAAUUUUAAAAGAAUUGGCAAAAACAAAUAAUAAUACGGAUAAAAAACUUUCGGAAAGUUUUUUAACUCCCUUAAGAGGUUUUCCAAUAGAGACAAUUGAAAAAUUUAAUGAAUUCGAAUCGGAAAUUGGUAGAGAAAGUCGUACAAAAGUGUAUAAUCAUUUGGUAAAUAUGGGUGGUGCAACAUUGAGAAAUUUUUUAUCAAAUUCCAUAAGAAGACUAUUAACAGACAAUUUAGUUUGUUCCUUCACUUGGAAUGGAGGUGAUAAUACAAUAAAAUUCGGCGAUACAAAAACAGCUAAUGUCCUAUACCAAGCUGCAACAAGAUGUGAAAAUUUCGAUGGUCCUUCAAAUAAAGAAAAUUUUAAACAUCAUAUGUUGGAAGUUUUAAGACAUACAAAACAGAGGCACAGAAAACUUUUAAAGAAAAAUCUUCAACCAAUGAAAAUUUCAAAAGAUCAUGAUAAUAUAUUAAAAUAUGCAUUAGAAACAUUUGAAACCGGAAACAAUGGCAAUGACAAUAAUGACGAUGAUGACGAUGACGAUGAUGAUGAUGAUGAUAAUGAUCGAGGAGAUGAAAAUUUUGAUUGUGUGGAAGAAGAGAUUUAUGACAUCAAAGAAGGUGUCUUUUUAGAAGCAUAGUUAAUAAAAAAAAAAUUUCAAAAUUUCUCAUACCAAAUAAUUCGUAAUUUUUAUCUAGAAAAUAAAAUUUAGUUCUCACUGAAUUUAAGAAAAAUAAAAUAUAUUUUUUCUUUAAUAA